CCGCCGCGUUGAGCUGGAGAACAUCCGACUCAAACUCAUCCUCGAGGGCCAGAUCAAGAUGGCCAAAAGCUUGGAGAAGAUGUUGACCAAGCGUACCAGUCUACGGGUGAUGGAGUCGAUUCAGGGCAAAUAUUUAACGAGCUUGCAGCACCGGAAGCCUACUUCGACUGAGGAAGAGGAUGAGGCGGCCAUUUUUGCGCGUCUGGAAAAAGAACUGGAGACCGCUCUGGACGAGGUGGACGUGGUGUUUGAAGCGAAUGGGCUCGCACGCAUGGAGAAAACGUACGCUGACGCGCAAGUGCGACGCGAAGAUGGCACUAUAGUCAUGGAAAUUUUUGCCAACAAGGUCGUCCCAUUCAGCGUGGAGGCUACAAGUCACGCCGUGUGGGAGCACUUUGUUCACUCGAUGGACCACAUUCCGUCUCGCUUCGUGUACCAGAAGCAACUUAAGACGGAAACAACGGACGAUACGCUGAUGGAGAGCUUCGGCUUGGAACUCGUCGGCAGCCGCAAUGCCACCGCCGCUUUCCGUGUGCGCCAGAUCCGCCGGAAGUUUGUUCAGCCCCACCGCGUCGUGAUUGCGUGGCCGAUGUACUCGGAAGCCCUCGAGCUCUCCGCGGAGCCCACGAAAGGUGUCCGCCUCCACGAGAAGUGUUUUACUGUGGUCAAGGCGCUUCCAAAUGCAAGUGGUCGGCGCGGCGCUCUAAUACAAUCGUGCUACGUCCUCCGGCCGGAGAUUUACGGUCAUGUUGCCGACCGCGAGCGCAUUCUCACCACUCUAACAGACUUUUUGUUGGACUCUGUGUCGCAUACGAUUAGCUCAAGCCACCAAAUGAUUGAGAAUUACCUGCUGGAUGGAGCUCUUCGCUUCCGAGCGGAGCCCAUAGCGUUGACGCAGGUAGCCGACCAAGCGGAAGUGGUCGAAGACAAACCCCUGUUGCAGCAGCAAGAAUAGGGUACCGCUAAACUCUUACACUUGUGUCGUUGCUAGGCCGCGAAGUUUCAGACCAGCGACUGGGUGGUAGUAUCGGAUGCGAGACUUUGUAAUUAACGUAAGCAUUUUUG